AUGCCGCGUAUUAUGAUAAAAGGCGGAGUUUGGCGGAAUACGGAGGAUGAAAUUUUGAAAGCAGCUGUAAUGAAAUAUGGUAAAAAUCAGUGGAGUCGUAUAGCAUCUCUGCUGCAUAGAAAAUCAGCCAAGCAAUGUAAGGCACGUUGGUUUGAAUGGCUGGAUCCAAGUAUCAAGAAAACUGAAUGGAGCCGGGAAGAAGAUGAAAAGUUGCUGCAUUUAGCUAAAUUAAUGCCUACUCAAUGGCGAACUAUUGCUCCUAUAAUUGGAAGAACUGCGGCACAAUGUUUAGAAAGAUAUGAAUACUUGCUUGAUCAAGCACAAAAGAAAGAAGAGGGAGAUGAUGCUGCUGAUGAUCCUCGUAAGCUUAAACCUGGAGAAAUUGAUCCUAAUCCAGAAACAAAGCCAGCUAGACCAGAUCCUAAGGAUAUGGACGAAGAUGAAUUGGAGAUGUUGUCCGAGGCACGCGCUAGGCUCGCAAACACUCAGGGAAAAAAGGCGAAACGCAAAGCGCGGGAGAAACAACUGGAAGAGGCACGUAGGCUGGCUGCUUUGCAGAAGCGCAGAGAACUGAGAGCCGCCGGGAUUACAGUGUCGCAGAAGAACAAACGCAAGCGCGGCGUCAAUUAUAACACAGAGAUACCAUUUGAGAAACGACCGGCGCCCGGUUUCUACGACACCUCGAACGAGCACGUCGAUCCACUAGCGAUCGACUUCUCGAGAAUGAGACAGCAACAUCUAGAUGGUGAGCUCAGGCAGGAGAAGGAAGAGAUGGAGCGUAGAAAAGACAAGCAGAAACUGAAGCAGCGCAAAGAAAAUGAUAUACCUAUGGGUAUGCUCAACAACGAGGAGCCCAUAAGAAAAAGGAGUAAAUUGGUUCUUCCAGAGCCGCAAAUUUCCGAUCAGGAAUUACAGCAAGUUGUGAAACUCGGCAGAGCGUCGGAGGUCGCGCGAGAAGUUGCAACUGAGAGCGGCAUCACGCUGUCCGACAGUUUGCUGGCCGACUACUCCUUACCUACAAACGCUGCGGUAACACCUCGCACACCGGCUGUCACAGAUAGGAUAUUACAGGAAGCUCAAAACGUCAUGGCUCUCACGCACGUGGACACGCCACUGAAAGGUGGAUUGAAUACUCCGCUCAAUAACCCAGACUUCACUGGUGUCGCGCCACCGAGCAAUGUCGUGGCGACGCCGAAUACGAUUUUAGCCACCCCGUUUCGCUCGCAACGUAACGACGGAACACCCAUAAAUACAUUCAACACACCGGGCGGAGCGUCGGUGCGAACGCAAAACGGCGUUUUAGCGGCGACACCCGUCCGUGACAAGCUCAACAUUAAUCCGAAUGAAAACGUAGACGGCUCGGAAACUCCGCUUAUACAGACGCAAGCGAAAAGCUCGUUGCGCGCGGCGUUGAGUUCCCUGCCGGCGCCUUGCAACGACUAUGAGAUAGACAUGCGCGACGAAGAAAUCAACGAGGAAAGCAUCAACGCACCGGCGAAUAACAUGAUCGAAGAUCAGGCGGACGUCGAUGCGAGACAACAACAAGAAUUGAUUGAGGAAAAGAAAAGAGAACUAGCACGUAGAUCACAAGUGAUACAGAGAGACUUGCCGCGCCCUGCAGAUGUAAAUAUGAAUACCUUAAGACCUUACAUGGACACGCCGUUAACAGACUUGCAGAGGGCGGAAGAAUUGAUCAAACGAGAAAUGAUUACAAUGAUGCACUACGAUUCGCUGCAAAACCCAACGCAACCGAAUCGAAAAGGCGCCGCGACAUCAUUGGCUCAGGCUCAAGCCUACUUGGACCAACAUCCGUAUGAGACCUUCGAGGAAAGCGAGCUUGUUGCUGCCAAGAAAAUGUUGACUGAUGAAAUGGCAGUGGUAAAGGAAGGAAUGGCGCACGGUGAAUUGAGUUUGGAUGCUUACACCACUGUGUGGGAGGAGUGUUUGUCGCAGAUCUUGUACCUAGAUACUCAAAAACGAUACACUCGCGCGACCUUAGCCUCGAAGAAGGAUCGGGUGGAAGCAUGUGAGAGAAAAUUGGAGGAAAAUCGCAUGCACAUGACCGGUGAGGCUAAACGCGCCGCAAGGAUGGAGAAGAAGUUGAAAGUAUUGACCGGUGGUUAUCAAACCAGAGCGCAAGUAUUGACGAAGCAAUUGCACGACACGUGGGAGCAGAUAGAGCAAGCGAAUCUCGAACUGUCGACAUUUAAAUUUCUGCAAACGCAAGAAGAAGCGGCGAUCCCCAGGCGAAUAAACGGAUUGAUGGAGGAUGUGCACAGGCAAACGGAGCGGGAGCGCUCGUUGCAAAUACGCUACGCUCAGCUGCAAGAUCAAUUGCAGAAGAUUCGACUGGAUCAUUCGUCUUAGGGACGCGUGACAACGUUCGCUGAGUGCGUGCGAUGAACUGUGCUAUGAAUGUGUAUAUUACUUCAUAACGUCAACCAGUGUUGUGUAGUACAGUUCACUGUAUACAUGUCACAUACAUUUUACAAAUACAAUACAAUUCGUUGCAGAAGAGAAGCGCAUAUCUGCAGAUUAAAAUUUAUACAUUUUAGAAGAUAUAACGUAUCUACCCAGGUAGCAGAGUGACGUCAAGUGACGUAAUAAUAACGUCUUAAUAACGAAUCUAACGUCAAUAAGACGUCAGGCUGCUAUUCGGAUAGAGUAUAAUCUAUUUUGUAAGUAUAUAAAUCUUGUUAUGAUGUGUAAUCUGAACGUGACCACUCAUACUUUACGAGCGGAACAGAAAGUUGUAAAGGCAAUUGUUCCUUCCUAUACUGUUAGGUAGAAUCUUCGCUUUAUUCUCGAUUUAUUCCAGCAAUAAAAAUUAUGUAUUUGAUAUUCGGA